GCAACGUUGCUUCAUGGUGUUGAUGGGUCUGCUCACCCACCGUUGAAGUAUAGCCAUCCAUUCUUCCUGCAACAAUUGAGCCGAGUCUGCCAGAGUACUGUAUGCUGUAAUUUGGCGAUUGACAGCGAGCUUGAGCUGGUCGCAAAUAUGCUCAAUUGGUCUGAGUUCAGGCGAGUUCGCAGGGCACACCAUUCGCUCCAGUUAAGCCGCACCAGUCGAGAACUCAGUGACGACUCUCCCCUGUGA